CUGACCAUCUCUCUAGAUGCUCUCCCUGCUGGCAUGAACGUCAAGCUCAUGUGCCAGUACAUCGAGUUUCUCGCAGACCGUUUGUCGGUGUCGCUAGGCAAUGAUAAGGUGCGCAAUGCCACAAAUCCAUUCGACUUCAUGGACGUGAUCUCGCUACAGGGGAAGACCAACUUCCUCGAACGG